CGAUCUUCAUUCCAGUGCACAUGGAAAGGCAGAGGAGCAGCAACGGUCAGCGCUCAGAAGGUGAAACGCGCUCAGGGAUUUUACGCGUAAAGCAGCUAUAAGGUGAUUCUACGGGACGCGCUUUAUUAUUGGACUACAACAGAAUGUUAUUAGAGGACAAAUGGACAUUUAAACAACUGUUCUCCGUAUAGGGAUUUCACUGUGCGACAUCUAUAAACGGACACACAUGUUCUCCACUGAUGAAAAAUAAGCUAGAAAGAGCACCCGGUGGAUGAGUUUUAAACCUCUUUUAGCGCUGCUUUAGAUAUUUUGCACAUUGGAUUACAUAAACACUGCUGAAAUUAUCUGUAUGUUUAGAGGAUUUUGGUUUAUGGAAACAGAGCUGAGCAGAAGACAUCUGAAGUUGGAGAAGAGGGUCUCAGAAGCUGGACAGAGGGUCUGAAGGAUUUUACAAUCUCCUCCACUUUCAUGUCCGAAGUCUCUGGUUUAUGACAAUGGAUUAUUUGCUGUUUUUAUGCGGCUUUUUGCUGCCUCUGUCCUCGGCUGUUGAAGAAACACUUAUGGACACCAAAUGGGCCACCACUGAACUUGCAUGGACCUCACAUCCUGAAACUGGGUGGGAGGAAGUUAGCGGUUACGACGAUGCCAUGAACCCCAUCCGAACAUACCAAGUGUGCAAUGUUCGUGAGCUUAACCAGAACAACUGGCUUCGCAGUGAUUUCAUCCCGCGAAAGGACGUUCUCCGUGUUUAUGUGGAGAUGAAGUUCACCGUACGAGAUUGCAACAGUAUUCCCAACAUUCCAGGAUCAUGUAAAGAGACCUUCAAUCUGUUCUACUAUGAGUCUGACUCGGAUUCGGCCACCGCCACCAGUCCUUUUUGGAUGGAGAAUCCUUACGUUAAGGUGGACACCAUUGCUCCGGAUGAGAGCUUCUCUAUGUUGGAGUCUGGUCGAGUCAACACUAAGAUUCGCAGUUUUGGUCCACUUUCCAAGGCCGGCUUCUAUCUGGCUUUCCAGGACCUGGGCGCCUGUAUGUCUUUAAUCUCUGUCCGAGUUUUCUACAAGAAGUGUUCCACGACCAUUGCCAAUUUUGCCGUCUUCCCAGAGACGGCCACAGGAGCCGAGGCUACGUCACUAGUCAUUGCCCCAGGCACUUGUGUGCCGAAUGCUCUUGAGGUGUCUGUACCUCUUAAACUCUACUGCAAUGGAGAUGGAGAGUGGAUGGUUCCUGUAGGUUCCUGUACUUGCAUGGCUGGGUUCGAGCCUGCAGUUAAGGAGACGCAGUGUCAAGCUUGCAGUCCAGGCACCUUCAAGUCCAAGCAGGGUGAAGGGUUCUGCUCCCCAUGUCCGCCCAACAGUCGAACAAGUUCUGGAGCUGCCAGCAUCUGUUCCUGCAGGACAGGCUAUUAUCGGGCGGACAAUGACUCACCUGAAUCAGGAUGCACCACUGUUCCGUCAGCUCCACGCAGUGUCAUCUCCAUUGUAAAUGAGACAUCGCUUGUACUUGAGUGGAGCGAGCCACGUGACCAAGGUGGAAGGGAGGACCUUCUCUAUAACGUCAUCUGUAAGAAAUGUCUGCCCGAACGUGGAACCUGUACACGGUGUGAUGACAAUGUGGAUAUCUCUCCCCGCCACCUUGGGCUUACUGAGAGACAUGUGACGGUCAGAAACCUUCAGGCUCACACCCAGUACAGCUUUGAGAUUCAGGCCGUCAAUGGAGUCUCCAACAAGAGUCCCUAUGCACCUCAGUUUGCCUCUGUUAACAUCACCACCAACCAGGCUGCUCCCUCUGCAGUUCCUACUGUCCACCUGAUGGGGGCCUCAUCCAACGCCAUGAGUCUUUCCUGGCUCCCCCCUGAAAAACCAAAUGGCAUCAUCUUGGAUUACGAGAUUAAAUACCAUGAGAAGGACCAGGGAGAAGCUAUUGCCCACACCAUGACAGCCCAGCGUAGCUCGGCACGCAUCGAGGGUUUGAAGCCGGGCACGCCGUAUGUGGUGCAGGUUCGAGCCCGAACGGUGGCUGGGUAUGGCCGCUAUAGCAGCCCUACCGACUUCAGCACCAACCACCAGACUGAUGCAGACAAGACUCUACAGGAGCAGUUACCCCUCAUUGUGGGCUCUCUAACGGCAGGGCUGGUCUUCAUCAUUGUUGUGGUGGUUAUUGCCAUUGUCUGCCUCAGGAAGCAACGCAAUGGCUCAGAAUCAGAAUAUACAGAAAAACUCCAACAAUACAAAUCCCCUAUAGUCACUCCGGGGAUGAAGGUCUACAUUGACCCAUUCACCUACGAGGACCCAAAUGAGGCCAUCCGCGAGUUUGCCAAAGAGAUUGACGUUUCCUGUGUGAAAAUCGAGGAGGUCAUUGGCGCAGGUAACCAACAACACAAGCUCCUGAGCAACAGGGGGAAGACAGCUAGGCACACCCAGGCCAUACCUUUAGAGGACUUCACUCCAAGCGGAGAAUUUGGAGAGGUGUGUCGUGGCCGUCUGAAGCUCCCUGGACGGCGUGAGAUCAUUGUGGCCAUCAAGACUCUGAAGGCAGGCUACACAGAGCGCCAAAGAAGAGACUUCCUGAGUGAGGCCAGCAUCAUGGGCCAAUUUGAUCAUCCUAAUAUUAUUCGCCUGGAAGGGGUUGUGACAAAGAGUCGGCCAGUCAUGAUUGUCACUGAGUUCAUGGAGAACGGAGCACUGGAUUCCUUUCUCCGGCUAAAUGAUGGACAGUUCACAGUCAUCCAGCUCGUCGGUAUGUUGAGAGGCAUUGCAGCUGGCAUGAAAUAUCUGUCCGACAUGAACUAUGUGCACCGUGAUCUGGCUGCUCGUAACAUUCUAGUCAACAGCAACCUGGUGUGUAAGGUGUCCGAUUUUGGUCUUUCUCGUUUCUUGGAGGAUGAUCCCACUGACCCCACCUACACCAGCUCAUUGGGGGGAAAGAUCCCUAUUCGCUGGACAGCUCCAGAGGCUAUUGCUUAUAGGAAAUUCACCUCAGCCAGUGAUGUCUGGAGCUACGGCAUUGUGAUGUGGGAGGUGAUGUCAUAUGGCGAACGCCCAUACUGGGACAUGAGCAACCAAGAUGUGAUUAACGCAGUCGAGCAGGACUACCGACUGCCCCCACCCAUGGACUGCCCUACUGCCUUGCAUCAACUUAUGCUAGACUGCUGGGUGAAAGAAAGGAACUUGAGACCUAAGUUCUCCCAGAUCGUCAACACCCUGGACAAACUUAUUCGCAAUGCCGCCAGCCUUAAGGUGGUCACCAGCACACAUUCUGGGGCCUCCCAGCCGCUCCUCGACCGCUGUGUGCCUGACUACACCACCUUUACCACUGUGGGCGACUGGCUGGAUGCCAUCAAGAUGAGCCGCUACCGAGACAACUUCCUCAAUGCUGGCUUUGCUUCUUUUGACUUGGUGGCCCAGAUGACUGCAGAAGAUCUGUUACGGAUAGGUGUGACAUUAGCCGGCCACCAAAAGAAGAUUCUCGGCAGCAUUCAAGACAUGAGACUGCAAAUGAACCAAACGCUGCCCGUCCAGGUCUGAAAUGGGGGUGGAACUGUUCUACAGAGAGCUAACAGACGACCCCAGAUGCCUGAUCAUCUCCACUAAUCAGAUGAAACUGGCUUGCAGUGCCUCGGACAACUUUUUCUUUUCCAUUUUCCUGUUUUCCUGUAACGACUGCAUUAUUUUACACACGACAGGAUUAGAUAAGAUUAUUUUGUACUUAUUUUUAAGAACGGAGAGGAAAGCCCAUAUCCCAAAGCCUGGCUCACGAGGCUCCGGUAUGGGACUGGCGAUUGCAUGCGUGCGUGUGAUACUUUCUUUUGUGAGGCUGGCUGGGAUUCGCCCAAUCUCCAAAGCCUCCCAUAAUGCAUUUCUCCCUGAAGUUGACUCUGAGGGACAGACUCUCCUGGAUGGACAUUGCUUAUGGAAGAGAAACUCUUCUAAUAGUACGCAUAACUUGAAUAUAAAGACAAAAAAACUAAAAGUGAAUAUAAAUUCACAAAGCGCGUGGACACGAAUCCCUCCAGUGCUAGCAGAUGUUCUAUUGUGCGUGUGAUUUUGUGCUUAAUCCCCAUCUUCAUAUUGAAGGUGUUUUAUUUAAGGGCACAUGCCUCAAACGGACAGGAGGGAGAGGCACAGCUGAGGGCGAAAGAUCACGGAUGUCGCAGGACCGGAUUUGAGGAAGUUGCAUUUGUCCACCAGGUUUAAACUGACAAAAGGACUUAUUAGAAUAUACCUGGUGAACUCAGGAUGCUUUCAUAGUUCAGCUAUGUUUUCACAAUUUCACUUGAUGUUUUCUUUUUAUUCUCUUCUGUUGUUUUCCCUCACCCUGUUUAGUUUCUGUUCCACAAUGGGUUGACAUUUAGCUGGUCAUUAACCAUUAUAUCAGGAUUAUUUAGCAGUUAGAAAUGAGAAGGACUGUGAUAACUUGUACUACACUGCAAUAAAUAAUUUUAAAUCAAUAUAUUUGUCUUUUUCCAGGAAAAAUGUCUAAACAUCCUUUAAAAAAGAUUGCAAAAUUGUGCAAUAUAUUAAGGCUUGUUUUCAAAGAAUAUAUCUAUAAAUAUAUCUAUAUACCUAUUUUUGUCUUGUGUUAAGCAUAAAUCUAACAUAAUUCACUAAGGGUUAUAAAAAUAAACAUAAGCUUAAAACAAACUAAUUUUCAACUGGGUAAGAAAACAAAUCUAAUGAAUACUAUUUUGCUUCUCAAGUAAAUUUAUCUUGUUUUAAGAAUGUUUAGCUGUUUCCUGGAAAACAAGACAAAAUACUUUCAGUGUAAAAACAGUGCUAAUCACUGACCAUCUCUAAAAUGAGUGCGUGUACGUGUCAGAAUGACUAUGUUGUAGUGCGUGCGUUUCUCUGUGUGUAUGUGUAUAAAACAAAGGGAGAGUAUAAGGAUUAUGCACACAUAUUCUGUAGAUGAACAUUUCAGUUGUGUUCCACAGUGGAGCACAAAUGCAUGAAAUAAUUUGUGAUGAGGAGCUCCAGUUAUAUUAUAUAUUAAUACUUGUGAAUCAAUAAUAUUAUGUGGAGAAAUACCAAUUUAUAAUGAUUUGUAUUUUACUUUAACAUAUCCCAAGAGGCCAAAAGGAAUGAUUAAUUUAUUUAAAGAUCUGAUACAAAUUUGAAUCAGCAUAUUCUGACAUUCAAAAAGAGACAUGCAACAACAAACAAAAGAUUUUGGAAUGACAUGAUGUUUCUUUGACGAGAAAAAUUAAUGCAGAGGAAGUGCAUUGAAAUUGGUUUAGGAGAAAUGAAUAGAGGUGUUGAACAUCUCAUCAAUGUUGGGCAGAUCCCUAGUAAAUCUCUUCAAUAUUAAAUCUAAGCCUUUCCGUCAUCACCACAAAGAGAAACUGUUAGUAACAAUUCUCCAAGAUACCCUUUUGUGAAGCUCACUCACUAAGAUAUGUUUUUGUAAAGCUCACUCACCAAGCGUUUUGUAAAUUUUUUUCAAGCAAUCAUAUUUUUGGAAUUACAAGAUUUCCGGGGUUGCUUUCAAAUGAGAUCUUCAACUACAAUGGAAAUUCAUGUUAGUGCUAUGCGGGCGGCAGGAUAUGUUAUACUUCCUGACACUGUUGGUUUGUCUUCCACAUUUUCUAAGCCUUCCUUCACCUCGCUCAUCUUUUUUUCUUGCAAAUAGGCUGUUUACAGCCUGGCAGCGACAGAUGACCAGCAUAUUUCAGUUUUUGAAUGGCUCUUGUCUUCUGUUCUGGUCUGCUCUGAGUAGUUAUGUGAAGACUUCAUGCCCCCACGUCAAACAUUAAAGACAUAAAAUAUGCAAAAUAGUAGCAUGUCGGAUGGGUCAAGAACUAAAGCUUGAAGCUAAUACAGAACGUUUUUACCAAAACCUGUGUCUAGAAUAGUCUCAGUGCUUAUAUAUUGCACUUUGGGAAAUGGUACUGCAUAUAUUCUGCUCAGUACUCCUCUAUUUGUGGUUUCGUUUCAUAAGUUCACAAAUCAUUUAAUGGCUCCCUCUUUUCUCAAUUACAAGAGCUCCAUGUAAUAUAACACACUGAAGUGAUUUUAUGAUGACAGACAUUAUCUUUUUUGAUCUUGAUGUAUAUGAACCCUGUUACUUAAAGUUCCUAUCUGCACUGCAACUAACUUACAGAGCCGUUCGGGAACUAAACGUAGCUGCUUUUGUCACAUUCAACAUGUCUGAUGGUAUAUUCUCUCAUAACUGGAUUUGAGUGUGUGUAUGUUUGUGUGUAUGACUGUAUUUAGGUAAGGUGCUAUUGUCAUUGUUUUUUUAUCAAAGCAGUUUUGGAACAUAACUUGCAUGAUUUUGGUUCAGUAACUUUGUGCCAAUCUCGGACUCUCUCUUUCCUCCACUCCUUUCUUGUUCUUCUGUGACAUUUUUCCUGAGUUUCAAAGUUACUCUUUUAUAUUAAAAAUUAAGCAAAAAAAAUGUUUUUUUUUUUUUUUUUCUUCCCAAGCAGUUAAAACGGUCUUCUCAUCACAUCACAAAUCACUGACAUGCAAAAGCAAAAUGUCUGCUGAGUGCUGUACUUAUAUUGAGGAGAAGCAAGACACAUUUCAAAAUAUUUUCUUUUCUUGUUCUUUUUGUUUUGUUUUGGAAAGCAUUGAGAUGUAUUUAAUGGUGAAGACAAAAAACAGCGAUUAAAUAAUGCAUUCUUGUAGAAAUAUUUUUAAAAACCCCUUUUGCAAUUAAAUUAUUUAAGAAAUA